GUCGAGCACUACUGCAUUUGGGCGGAGCGACUUAUCACAAGAAUGGAGGCGAACGGCGGGCAAACGUUUAAUUUCAUGCAUUGAAAUGUGAUUUAAUACUGGCGUAUUUUAAACUAUCUGCUCCCAAGGUUGUGACAGGAGGUCUGCGUAUCGAGAAAGAAACGCUCGGGUGAAGUGCGAGUGACGAGCACACGAGGGAUAGUCCAACGAGAGUAAAUGAGAGACAUCCUAAACACGAGCUACGCAGCGAUGACUGAGCCAGGGGAAGACGUGGAGGGUGUUUACGUGGAGCACCAGUACAUGUGCAGCGAGUGCCAGGAGCUCUUCAACACCCUGGAAGAUGUGCUGGUGCACCAGCAGAUCCACAACGGGGUUGAGGGGGAUGGGGAGCAAGAGGUGUCCAUCCAGGACAUGACUGAGAUGGAGGAGACCCAGCAGUACCAGUGCCUGGAGUGUGGAGCUCUUCUGGUGAAUUCCGAUGAACUACUGCAACACCAGGAGAUGCACAUGAGAGAAGCGGGGAUGGAGGUGGAGCACCAGGAGCUCUGUGAGGUCCUGGAGACAGACGAGGCGGGAGCAGAGGACUCCGGGCCGGUCAAGUACCAGUGUCUGGACUGCCUGGCUCUUUUUGACUCCCCUGAUGUCUGGCUGGAACACCGAAACAGCCACAGCAGAAGUAGCACACACAGCAAAAUGGUGACCGCCGAGUACGUGCUGCAAUCCGAUGGGACCAUCACUCUGUUGAACAGUGUCCAGAACUAUGUGUUGAGCGACCAGCAAGCAGAGGAGAUCCUGGCUCAGGUUCUCACCCAGCAGCAGCAACAGCAGCUACAGCAGCAACAGCUACAACAGCUGCAGCAGCAGCAGCAACAAAGACAACCGAAGAAACGACAGAUUAUGUCCAAGCCGCCUAACGCCGCCAUGCUGUCCGCCGUCUCUCCAAGCCUGGGCUCGGCCACCAUGCACCUGCAGAUCCUCACGGCCCAGGCGCUGGCGGACGGCUCCACCACGGGCAACACGCUGCGCACCAAGACGCUGCCUCCCCUGCUGUCCACCCUGGGGCCGGGCUCCUCAGGAAAGGUGGGGCUGCUGGACAACGGCCUCCAGAGGCUGGAGAUAAGGCUUGCCCCGGGCAUCCAGGGGGAUGCGCAGCAGCAGGCGGAGAUGGUGGUCAUCCACCCCUACGAAUGCUCCGAGUGCUCCCUGCUCUUCCAAACCCCGGAGGACUUCCUCCAGCACCAAGGGGAGCACUUCCUAGGUCAGGACAAGGAGAGCAGCGAGGCGGGAGUCAUGAGCGGCUUCGAGGAGCUGAGGGCGAGGGAGGACGCAGAGAGGACGGACGAGUCCCGGUUGAGGCUCGCGGAGAAGAGGAACGCCAUCUGGGCCACGCCCCAGCAGUGCGAGCUGUGCAACCGCACCUUCACCUCCGCCAACCGGCUGGCGGCUCACAAGCGCGUGCACGAACAGGGGACGCACGAAUGCCCCGAGUGCGACAAGGUGUUCAAGAAGGCGACGUCACUGCAGACGCACAUGCGCACACACUCUGGCGUGGCCAGGUACCUCUGUGUGGACUGCGGGCACGGCUUCACCACCGAGAUGACGCUCAUCAUGCACAGGAAGUCCCACAUCGCCGACCCCUUACACAAGUGUCAGGUCUGCAGCAAAACCUUCACCAACAUGACCAAGUUCCUCUACCACCGCCGCACCCACCUCAACCGAGACCCGUCUGCCCAGCCCACCCCCAUUGCUUCGGAGUCGGCCCCCAGGAGGGCGUCCCUGUCGGCUCUGACCAUCUUGCAGAGGGCCAGAGAGAGGAGGGAGGCCGCCAGAAUGCUGGAGGAGCCAAAUGAGAACAAUGACCUCCUCGCUCCUCUCACAGACGAUCAGAUGCAGCAGAUGGAAGAGGAAGGGGGUCAGGGGGAGGGAGGCGAGGAGGUGAAACGGGCGGGAGGCGGACUCCUCGCUCUCUCCUCAGACUCCAGCAGCCUCCUCCAACAAGCAGCCACCGAGGUGGGCUUGGUUGACCACCCCGCCCCCAAUGGCGAUUCUGUCUGCGCGUCCUCUGAGUCGCAGGACCCAGCGGCGGCCCCUGCCCCUCCGGCUAGUGCCCCCGACAAGGGGGCCUUCUCGUGCCGCUCCUGCCCCAAGACCUUCUCCUCCCCGCUGCAGCUCGCCAACCACCGCCGCAAGUUCCACGUGCCGGAGCGCAGCUUCGUGUGCGGCGUCUGCUCCAAGUCGUUCAAGAAGCAGAUCCACAUGCGCAACCACCUGCGCACGCACACGGGGGAGCGGCCCUUCCAGUGCUCGGACUGCGGCAAGACCUUCUCGUCGCUGGCCAACCUCAUGCGCCACAGCCUCAUUCACUCUGGCGUGCGGCCGUACCGCUGUGACGUGUGCGAGCGCACCUUCUCCCAGUCGUCCAACCUGCGGCAGCACAGCCUGUUGCACGACGCCCCCGCCAAGCUCACCUGCCCCGACUGUCCGUCCGUCUUCGCCGGGCCCUCCAAGCUGGCGGCGCACCGCUACACGGCGGCUCACCCCGGGGCCCCCGCGCCCUUCCCCUGUCCGCACUGCGAGUCGGGCUUCCUGACCCGCAGGCAGAGGGACUUCCACUGCCUGGAGCAGCAUGCCAGCCUGCUGGAGGCCGGGGCCCCGCUCGGCACCGGAGACCCCGCCGUCGCCGACGCGGGGUCCGGGGCCUCUUCCGCCCACACGACGGAGGAGGGGGAGGCCGGGGGGUCGUCGGCACUGGUGCGGGGAGGGCUGGACUGCAAGGUUUGCGGGAAGAAGCUCAACUCCUUCCCCAACCUGAGGCUCCACCAGCUGAGCCACCAGGCGGCCGGGCCCGGGCGGUCGCGCGCCGGCACCGGAGGCGGCGGCGGCGGCGGUGGCACCGCGGGCGGCAAGCGUCCCAAAGCCCACCAAUGCCCCAUCUGCGGCAAGCUGUUUGUGUCGUCGUCGGCCGUGGCGCUGCACCAGAGGGUGCACACGGGCGAGCGGCCCUUCCCCUGUCAGGUGUGCGGCAAGCGCUUCCGCCAGAACACGCACCUGCGGGAGCACCUGCGCACGCACUCGGGCGAGCGGCCGUUCCGCUGCGAGGUGUGCGGGAAGGGCUUCAUCCAGAGCAUGCACCUGGCGGAGCACCGGCGCACGCACACCGGGGAGCGGCCGCACGCCUGCCCGCAGUGCGGCAAGGCCUUCAAGACUUUCUCCAACCUGAGGAACCACAAGAAGACCCACGCUCGGCAGCAGAAGCUCCAAGAGGAGGCCGCCCAGGUGCCCAUGGAGACCAGCUCUGCCGUGUCGCUGGUGGACGGCGGCGCUGGGGAGCUGUUCAACGGACAGCCUCAGAUCAUCCAGAUCCAGGCCUCCGACUUGCAGCAGGCACAGGGCACACCUACCAUCAUGUGCAAUGAAUUUGGAGAGACCAUCGCCAUCAUAGAGACGGCGGAAGGAGGAACCCUGGCGCUGGAGCAGGCCCUGGAGAUCUACCACACAGCGCUGGAGAACGGCCUCACCAUGGACACGGUCACCGUGGAAGGCCUGCAGCUUCUUUGAGGCCCAAAGCAUUUUUCAGACUGACUAGUCCCCAGCUAAAGGAUAAGGCUAUUCCAGAAUCAUUACUUGAAGCCAAAGGAGAAAGUGACAUUACCAGGGCCAAUAGUACUCCCCCAAAUGAUUGACAAUCACAAAUAUGCUUAACUGAUAGAUCUCCGUUCAACAACUCAGUAUACUAAUAUUUAACAUUUCAUAUUGAAUGCACAUUUAAAUCUGAAGAAUAAUAGCUGAGACUUAGGAGGAAGUCUUGUUUGUUCUACUUGAUGUUGAUGCCAAUUUUUUUUAUUUUUUUUACUUUUGUUGGAUCUUCUGGAAGUGAGGCUUGAAUAUAUGUAUUCUAUUGUAAAUAGUGGAAUAAAUUGUUUUGAAGAAUCUUU